GGAAUAAAUCGUACACUUCUUCAUUGGCUAAAAUUAUGGGAUGUCAUAGUUUUUGGCCGAGAUAGCAAACAUCGUUUAAAAGGUAAAGAAAACAAGAAAACUGGUCAACAGGAGAAAGGAAAGUUUUUUAAAAGAGGAAUACCAGACUUAAAUGAGGAGCUUGAUGAUCAUAAGAGACCACAGCAUAAGAUUGCUCUGCUCACAGGACCUCCAGGACUUGGUAAAACUACCCUUGCUCAUGUAAUCGCCCAACAUGCCGGAUACAAUGUUGUAGAAUUGAAUGCCAGUGAUGACCGAAGUCCUGAAGUUUUCACAACACAGCUAGAAGCUGCCACUCAGAUGAGGGCUGUGAUUGGACAGAAUUGCAAACCUAACUGUUUAGUUAUUGAUGAAAUUGAUGGAGCUCCACAGGCUGCCAUAAAUAUAUUGGUUUCUCUUGCUAAAUCUACUGGACCAAGAGUGAGAGGGAAGAGAAAAAAAGGAGAGAUCUCGCUCUUAUUGAGGCCUAUUAUUUGUAUAUGUAAUGACCAGUAUGUACCUGCCUUGCGACCACUUAGACAGAUUGCUUUAGUCAUGAAUUUUCCCUCAAUUGUUGCUGCUCGAUUAGCAACGAGGUUGCAUGAGAUCACACGCCAGCAGUGGAUGAGAGCAGACAUGACAGCUUUGCUAGCACUGUGUGAAAAAGCUGAAAAUGAUAUUCGAUCAUGUCUUUCUACUUUACAGGUCAGAAUAUAA